GUCUAUUCAGUUCCGAGUUCUGCAUCGUCAGUAGAAACAUCUGAUUCUACCCCACGACCGACAUCUGUAUCGACAACAUUACAGACAGCAGAAAUGGGUGGUACAUCAGAAGAUAAGACAGCCCUCAUCGCUGGUUCAGCAGGAGGAGGAGCCGCUGUUCUUCUGGUCAUCUGUGCUGUUGUUGCUUUCUGCAUUAUACGCAAAAGAUCGUCAACUAUGAAGAAAGAAAACAAUCCUACAGCAUCGAUGAGGAUGGAUGACGUUGGCACAAAUGUAGAUUCAACAUCGGGUGGGACAAACCCCUCAUUCCCACCAAGCAGUGUCCAACUAGACGCUUUGUACGCAAAGCCUGACAAGAAAAAGAAGAAACAACAACAACCGGGUGUCGACGUCAACCCUGAUGACCCAUCCUACCAGGACGUCAUACCCACCGGUGCCCAGCAUCAGUACGCUACUGUUCAGGACGACCCCCAUCCCUACACCGCGGUCCGUGACGAGCCCAACCUGUAUGACUCUAUCCAGGAUGACCCACAGUACGCCACUGUCCAAAAGGGACGCAAACUCGAUCCUAAUGUUGAAACAAACCCUCUGUACGGUAAGGGUAGUGUUGACAACACAACAUAUGAUCCAGGUUCACUGUCAAAUGACAAGGAUAGGGUUCCUAGUGUGUGUGAGAUGGUCGAUAACGUCAUCUAUGGAUGAUUUCUUUGGCUUGAGUUCUUGUGGUGCCAAAUAACAAGUCAGUCAAAAGUGGAAAUGUACAAAAGUGAACAUUCCUAGACAUGGCGUAGAUCUACCUUGCCACACUACUACAUGUUUUUGUAUCGUGGCACAAAUUUUUGUUGACUUUCUUAGUGCUGAUUCUGAUUCUCAAUUUUAAGUCAUGAGCCUUGUAGAUGGAUAAGGAAACUUGUAAUUUCUUACAAAUGCACUCAAUGUAGAAUAUUAACACUAUAUUGUAUAGAUGUCUUAUAUUUUGCAUUUCGAUACUUGGCAUAAGAACUACCGAAGAUAGAAAUAACUGUAAACUAUACAAACAAUUUGGUUAUUUGGGCUAUAACUCAUGUUACUGAU